AUGAGUUAAACAAUCAAUAUUACCGAUUGAGCUGUGAUUUUUUAUUAUUUAAUCAAGAAAUGCGCGCAUGUGCGCGCGUGUCAAUAUUCAUAUCUCGUGCCAGCGUGAUAUAUAUAAGAAAAUUCAAUGAAACGCUAUCCGGCAAAUAUAAUAGUUUAUUAUUCGCAAAAGUUUACGUUAAGAAAACAAAAUGGGACAAAGGGUCUCGAGAACAGACUUUGAAUGGACUUACACCGAAGAACCGCAUGCUAGUCGUCGUAAAAUAAUAUUAGAAAAAUAUCCACAAAUAAAAAAAUUAUUUGGCUACGAUCCUAAAUUUAAAUGGAUAGUAACUGGAAUGGUUUUAGUGCAAUUUUUAUCUUUAUUUAUUGUAAAAGAUUUAAGUUAUCCUAAACUUUUUCUAAUGGCAUAUUGUUUUGGAGGUAUAAUUAAUCAUUCUCUUAUGCUUGCCAUUCAUGAAAUAUCACAUAAUCUUGCCUUCGGACAUGCUCGACCUAUGGCCAAUAGAAUAUUUGGUCUGUUUACUAAUUUGCCAAUAGGGAUACCAAUAUCAAUAAGUUUUAAGAAAUAUCACCUGGAACAUCAUCGGUAUCAGGGAGAUGAAAAACUUGAUACAGAUUUACCAACUUUAUUGGAAGCAAAAUUAUUUUGUACUACAUUUGGCAAAUUUUGUUGGAUAUGUUUGCAACCAUUUUUUUAUGCCUUUCGUCCUUUAAUAACUUAUCCAAAAGUACCAAUAAUGUUUGAGUAUAUUAACUUAAUAGUACAAUUAAUAUUUGAUGCAAUUUUGUGGUAUUUUUUUGGUGGCAAAGUAUUAAUAUAUUUAAUUGGAGGAUCACUUAUGGCAAUGGGACUACAUCCUGUAGCAGGUCACUUUAUAUCAGAACAUUAUAUGUACAAAAAGGGAUUUGAAACUUAUAGUUACUACGGACCUUUAAAUUUUAUAACAUUCAAUGUUGGUUAUCAUAACGAACACCAUGAUUUUCCUGCUGUACCUGGUUCACGAUUACCUGAAGUGAAACGUAUUGCAUCUGAAUUUUAUGAUGAUCUACCUAAACAUGAUUCUUGGACAUCUGUUUUAUAUGAUUUUGUGAUGGAUCCUGAAAUUGGUCCAUAUGCAAGAAUGAAACGAAAACAUAAAGGUUUAAAAUCAUAGAUUAAAAAUAUUAUACUUUUGCUAAUAAUUAUUAUUUACAUAUACUUAAGUACAGAAAUUCUAUUAUCAUU